AUUCCGGUAGCUAACUCUGUCUGGCGCGACACAGCUGAGCAGAGGAUGGCUGCUUGAGUCUGAGCUGCUGCCUCUGCGCUCACAGUGGGAAAACUCAACGUCAAUAGACAAGGAAAGCGCGAGGAGAGGAGAGGAGGGAAAGGACUUUUCCAAAGACCAGGAAAUAGUUGUCACACAAUUAUUUCCCCGGGAGGUUUUAAUUUUUUUUUUCUGGAACGAAGUGUGGGGAUUUUAAACCAUGCCUGCCGAAGUGAAACAGGAGCAGAGCCCCAGCAACGCCACAUCCCUGGCUAUGAUGCAGGAGCCACAGGAGGUGGUGGAGGAGACGGUCACCAUAGAGGAGGACCCUGGCACCCCCAGCUCCCACGUCUCUGUGGUCACCUCUGAUGACGGCACCACGCGGCGCACAGAAACCAAGGUGACCAAGAUGGUGAAGACGGUGACCACGCGGACGGUGCGUCAGGUGCCCCUGGGGCCCGAUGGCUUGCCCCUGCCUGAAGGCUCAUCCCCACUCGGCAGCUACACCGACUCCAUCGACCGACGCUACAUGAAGAACGGAAGUGACCGCUUCAUCACCCCUCAAGCAACCUCCACCCUGACGCGCUCCUACAACAACUCUUACAACGAUUCAUAUGGAGAGACACCCGAGAGCCAGUACGUUCGGCACUACGGCCUGCACGAUGGCUACGUCGAUUUGACUGACAACUACGGCAGCCUGUCACGUGGUGUCAACUUCCGGCCGCCGCGCUACCCCUAUCUGCCCAACACCUACCGGCCGGAGAACAGCUACACGCUGCCUAUUCGCAAGGAUGACUACGGCCAUGUGGCCCAGCCCCAGGUGCCUAUGGGGAACAGCACAGUGGAUCUGAACCGCUCGCAGCCCGAGCGCUUCCAGCCCGAGCCAUACGGCCUGGAGGAUGAUCGCCGCAGCUUGGGCCCUGAAGAGGAGGAGCCAUAUGAGCUGGAGCCCGACUAUUCCACCGCCAACCGCCGCACCCUGCAGGGGGCAAACCGGGGUCGCACCCACAGGGAACCUCUUCGUGAUAUGCCCCGAGUCAGAGGGUACCCAGAUGAAGCCAUCGAGGCCGAGCUUAUCGAUGAGCGCCACCCCUACAUCCAUGGCAUUUAUUCAGCGCCGCUGGCCCAGCCGGAGAGGGGGAGCAUGGCCAGUCUGGACCGCAUGGGUGGCCGACGCUCACCGUCCAUUGACAGCAUCCGCAAGGACCCGCGCUGGCGUGACCCAGACCUCCCCGAGGUCAUCGCCAUGCUGGGCCACCCCAUUGACCCCGUCAAGUCCAACGCCGCCGCCUACCUGCAGCACCUGUGCUACGAAAAUGACAAGAUUAAAAAGGAUGUGCGUCAGCUGAAGGGGAUUCCUGUUCUGGUGGGGCUUCUGGACCACCCCAAAUCAGAAGUCCACCGCAAGGCUUGCGGUGCCUUGCGCAACAUCUCCUACGGCAAGGACAAUGACAACAAGGUGGCCAUCAAGAUCUGUGACGGCAUCCCGGCCCUCGUCCGCCUGCUGAGGAAGACCAAUGACAUGGAGGUUCGAGAGCUCAUCACCGGAACCUUGUGGAAUCUGUCGUCCUAUGAACCCCUGAAGAUGGUGAUCAUCAACCACGGCCUGCAGACUCUGACCAACGAGGUCGUUAUUCCCCACUCGGGUUGGGAGCACGAGCCAAACGAGGACUCAAAGCCCCGCGAUGCCGAGUGGACCACCGUCUUCAAGAACACCUCCGGCUGCCUCAGAAAUGUGAGCUCAGACGGGGCAGAGGCUCGGCGCAGACUGAGGGAAUGCGAGGGAUUGGUGGACGCCUUGCUGCACGCUCUCCAAUCAGCUGUGGGGAAGAAAGACAUGGACAACAAGUCUGUGGAGAACUGUGUUUGUAUUAUGAGGAACUUGUCCUACCACGUCCACAAAGAGGUGCCGGGGGCCGAGAGGUUCCAGGACCCCUCAGCGCUACAGGCUCCUGGUUCAGCAGGACCACAGAGGAAGAAGAAGGAUGACGCCGGCUGCUUCGGUGGCAAGAAAGCCAAAGGCAGGAAGAACGGCGAGAAUGACAAAAACUAUGACACACUGGAUCUGCCCAAGCGCUCAGAGCCAUCAAAAGGCUUUGAGCUGCUGUAUCAGCCGGAAGUGGUGAGGCUCUACCUAUCUCUGCUGACGGAGAGCCAGAACUACAACACCCUGGAGGCCGCUGCCGGGGCUCUGCAAAACCUCAGCGCUGGACAGUGGACCUGGUCCAACUAUAUUCGAGCCACGGUGCGCAAGGAGAAAGGUCUUCCCAUUCUGGUGGAGCUGCUGCGCUCCGACUCCGACAAGGUGGUCCGAGCGGUGUCCAUCGCCCUGCGCAACCUGUCCAUCGACCGCCGCAACAAGGACCUGAUUGGAAGUUAUGCCAUGCGGGACUUGGUGAGCAACCUGCCAAGCGGCCAGCAGCGGCCAGCCAAAAACCUGGAGGAGGACACUGUGGUCGCCAUCCUCAACACCAUCCAUGAGAUCGUCACUGACAGCUCUGAAAAUGCCCGCUCCCUCGCCCAGGCUCAGGCCAUUGAGAAGCUGGUUGCCAUCAACAAGACUAGCCAAUCAGCUCGCGAAACCAAGGCGGCGUCCCAUGUGCUGCAGACGGUCUGGAGUUAUAAGGAGCUGAGGAACGCUUUGACCAAGGACGGCUGGAACAAAAGCCACUUCCAGCCCACGAUGACAACCACUCCUAAAGCAACCAAGAACGGCAAGCCGGGCUACGACGACACCACCCUACCCCUGAUGGAGAAGAACCAAGGCACCAGGAAAUGUGGCAGUGGUGAUAUGAUACCUAUGGAUGAGCUGGGUCCAGACGGUUACUCCACCAUUGACCAGAGGGACAAGGACUGCAAAUACAAGGCAGUUGACGGCUCAGUGGACCAGACAGAACGGGAGCCAUUAAAGGCUUAAAAUAACGACACCCCAGCUAGAGAAGGAUCUCUCACAUCAUCACUGCCAUUUCACAUGGAGCUCAUCUUUGGAGUUGGACUUUGUACAGAAAAGAGGAUUUUAAAAAAAAAAAAAGAAAAAAAAUGAUCACGACAGCAACUACCCGGCAACAGCCAACAUUCUCAUGCUUUUCAGAAAAAAAAAAAAAAAAGAAAGAAUACAAAAGUGACUACUCCUACUAUUUUCUCAAAUCUACAUUCCCGCUGGACAUCAUGUGAAUUUUACAGUGUCGAGCUCGACCGCUGAGCAGAAAAGGACAAACUCCCGGUGCUGGUGAAGGAAUGGACGUAUGAAGGGCGAGCAAAGUGAGGUGAAGGAAAUCAAUGGAAGAGGAAUGUGUAUCAGAAGGAAAUAUGUGGGGAGCUGGAAUGAGCGGUUACUUCACUUCAGUUUUUACAUCUGGAAGAAGUUCAUGCUUCAAUUUUGGUCCAUUUUGGACCAUUUUACUUUUAGUUUGUUGGUAAUUUGAUGUGAACAGGUAUGGACUGGUGUGUGUGUGAAGGUCACAGAAAGUUGUUUGCAGAUUGGUAUGAUGGACACGAGAAAGUAAAAUGAGAGAAAGCGAUCCAGGGAAGAACUGUAGCACAGUGGAUAAACAUGUAGUCUGCGCUCAUAGACUUACAAUACAUUUGGUUCACUGUGUGUUUUUUGUGUUUUUUUUUUAAAGUGCACUGAGAUGCUUUGAAAUCAAAAGUUGUUAACAAGUGAUUGAUGUUCAUUUAUAAAGGGAGGAGUUUGCAAGUUGUGGUCUGGAGAAAGGAAAGUGACAUAGUGUGUCCAUCACAUGGAGUAACGGUUUGUGUUCUCACUGCAUCGCAAAAGAAGGCUAAAACGGAAACCACCGGUUUCCUUUCACCGCGGUCAACAUGUUGACCCUCACGCACAGAGCUGUGGUAACCACUGCUCUUUGUCAAUGAUGUGUAUUAAAGAGGAUAUAAGGCAUUUUGUUCAUAAAGGAUUUGUGUUUUUGAAAAGAGAGGCGGAAGUUUGUUCUCUUGAUGAGAGGGAAGAUCAAAAAGCAGUUUUUAUUUUUGUUGGGUUUUAUAUAAAUGUAUAUUAGGGUCAAAAGGAAAAAAAAAUUAAAAAAUGAAGGUGAAAAAAAUAAAUUACCGACAUCUUAGUUGUAUAUUAAUAUCACAUUGUUUGGAAAGCACAUCUCAUUUGAUAAAGGCUCACCAUGUUUGUAGACAAGAAAUAACCACGUAACUUAAAUGUGUGUCAAAUAUUGUCGAGUUACGCCGACGAUCACCUAUUUAUAUUUUGUAUUUGUCCCCAAAAAAGUUACAGAAAAAAAAAAAUUGAUCUGCAGUGUUCUUUCUAAAGGCCAUGAAUUACAUGUGGUCUGACAGACCCUGCAUCUUUGAACCAGACCCUCUGGAGGGGUCAGAGGUCAGACUAAUGAGAUAGACAAGAGACGGCAGUGUGAAUAAAAAAAGUUCUUUAGUUUUUCUUCCUGAUGCAUUCAGACCAAGUUACCGCUGACCCUGAACCCUUUUCACCGGUGCAUCUUAAGAAAUAUUCAGUCGUGAGCAUGAAGAAAAACUGUACAGAUGUUUAUAUUCUAUUCUUUCCAAGUGCCAGUUUUUUGUGGUGUCAUUUGGAUAUUAACUAAUUCAUUCAUGUGCAAGAAGAGAGUAUGCGAGGAGUGGAUCUGGAUGUUUAAGACAAAAAAAAAAAUAGUUACAUCACACUGUACAAAAACAAAACGUCAAGUUUGGUCAUAUAGUAUAUAUUUUUACAACGUGUUAGGGUGGGCAGUUGAGAUGAAGACCAGCAGAGAGAUACAGAAUCAUAUUGACGUUCUUCUCCUGCUUGGUGAGACUGCACACUAAAUCCAGUGAUGAUGCGUUUAGUCUCCUUUCCAGCCUCAGUCUGUCAGAGACAGAAAGAGAAGCCAGUCCAAGUUGGCAUCACUCAUGCGUCAUCAAGGCGAAUGGCAUGUGCCUGCAUUGAAGUCUGAUUUUUCUUUGUGGCGUAUGUGACUUUAUAAAGCUUGCAUAUUUUACACAGUGUUUACAAAGAUGUAUGUUGUGGUAAAAAUCAAUAAACUACAAAAAAAAAAAAAACGUACUGUAUAGAUUUUAAUUUCAGAGGUUAAAAAAACCCAUUAUAAUGAUACCCAGCAUCCCUUUUGUGUGUCCUCAGAAGUGUGUGCUUUCAUUGGAUAAUACUGAACCCUUACAACAAAGACCUGAAUGACUGUCUGUUCUUGACUGCACUUUGCAGUACCACAACCAAAGGAACUGGAGUUGUAUUUACAUGCAUUCAUAACAGGGGGGGUUUGGUUUUGUGGAUGUACAAAACGUUGUAAAUUCACAAAAUAAAGAGCCAAGCAACUGUGCUGUAAAAUAAAUGCAGGACACGGACACACAUCGAAUCAAACAAACCUACCUGUGUAGAUACAACUGAUUCAAGACCGUCAAAAUAAAGUAACUGUACUACUCAGUAGCAGAUGUGUUUGUACCUAUCAUGUGCCUUAACCUUUUCCAUGGUAGAUAAAAAUAAGUGUGUUUUAUAUAACUUUAUUCCUCCCUUUCAACUGUCAUCUCUCCAU